GCGCGUGUUGCGCCGGCCUCGCGCAUAGUUCAAUAGAAGCAGUUGAAGAGGUCACUCUGCUGAUUUCCCCGCAGUGAAAGAGGACUUUUCUAGAAGGAUCCAUUCUGAGAAGAAGUGCUUAUUCAUUGAAUUGUUGAAGGAAUUCUAAGAAGAAUCAAGAUGACGGCGCAAAAUGAGGUCGAAACCUUCGCCUUCCAGGCUGAGAUUGCUCAGCUCAUGUCCCUGAUCAUCAACACGUUCUACUCCAACAAGGAAAUCUUCCUGCGAGAGUUGAUCUCCAAUUCGUCUGAUGCUCUGGACAAGAUUCGCUACGAGUCGUUGACCGAUCCGUCGAAGCUGGACAGCGGCAAGGAGCUGUACAUCAAGAUCAUCCCCAACAAGACGGCCGGCACUCUGACCAUCAUCGACACUGGCAUCGGCAUGACCAAGGCGGAUCUGGUGAACAACCUGGGAACCAUCGCCAAGUCCGGCACGAAGGCCUUCAUGGAGGCUCUGCAGGCUGGAGCUGACAUCAGCAUGAUUGGUCAGUUCGGCGUGGGCUUCUACUCGGCCUACCUCGUGGCCGACCGCGUGACUGUCACGUCCAGGAGCAACGACGAUGAGCAGUACGUGUGGGAAUCGUCCGCCGGCGGCUCGUUCACCGUGAGCGCCGACACGUCUGGUGAGCCUCUGGGGCGCGGCACGAAGAUCGUGCUGCACAUCAAGGAGGACCAGACGGAGUUCCUGGAGGAGUCCAAGAUCAAGGGCAUCGUGACGAAGCACUCGCAGUUCAUUGGCUAUCCCAUCAAGAUGGUGGUGGAGAAGGAGCGCGACAAGGAGGUGAGCGACGAUGAGGCGGAGGAAGAGAAGGAGGGCGAGAAGAAGGAGGGCGAGACGACGGAGGAGGAGAAGAAGGAGGGCGACGAGCCGAAGCUGGAGGACGUGGAGGAUGACGAUGAGGAGGGCAAGGAUAAGAAGAAAAAGAAGAAGACCAUCAAGGUGAAGUACACGGAAGAUGAGGAGCUGAACAAGACGAAGCCCAUCUGGACGAGGAAUGCCGAUGACAUCAGCCAGGAGGAGUACGGCGAGUUCUACAAGUCGCUGACGAACGACUGGGAGGAUCACUUGGCCGUGAAGCACUUCUCCGUGGAGGGUCAGCUGGAGUUCAGGGCGCUGCUGUUUGUGCCGCGUCGCGUGCCAUUUGACCUCUUUGAGGCCAAGAAGAAGAAGAACAACAUCAAGCUGUACGUGCGCCGCGUCUUCAUCAUGGAUAACUGCGAGGAUCUCAUUCCUGACUAUCUGAACUUCAUCAAGGGUGUGGUGGAUUCGGAGGAUCUGCCGCUGAACAUCUCGCGUGAGAUGCUGCAGCAGAACAAGAUCCUCAAGGUGAUCCGGAAGAAUCUGGUGAAGAAGUGCCUGGAGCUGUUUGAGGAGUUGGCCGAGGACAAGGAGGGCUACAAGAAGUUCUACUCGCAAUUCAAUAAGAAUCUCAAGCUUGGCGUGCACGAGGAUUCGCAAAAUCGCAGCCGCUUGGCUGAUCUGCUGCGCUUCCACACGUCCGCAUCUGGGGAUGAGUACUGCUCGCUGGCCGAUUAUGUGAGUCGCAUGAAGAACAACCAGAAGCACAUCUACUUCAUCACGGGCGAGAAUAAGGAGCAGGUGAGCAACUCGGCGUUCGUGGAGCGCGUGAAGAAGCGCGGCUUCGAGGUGGUGUACAUGACGGAGCCCAUCGAUGAGUACGUGAUCCAGCAGCUGAAGGAGUACCAGGGCAAGCAGCUGGUGUGCGUGACCAAGGAGGGCCUGGAGCUGCCCGAGGAUGAGGAGGAGAAGAAGAAGCGCGAGGAGGACAAGGCCAAGUAUGAGAAUCUGUGCAAGGUGAUGAAGUCUGUGCUGGACAACAAGGUGGAGAAGGUGGUGGUGUCCAAUCGCCUGGUGGACUCGCCCUGCUGCAUUGUCACGUCACAGUUCGGCUGGAGUGCCAACAUGGAGAGGAUCAUGAAGGCGCAGACGCUGCGCGACGCCUCAACCAUGGGCUACAUGGCGGGCAAGAAGCACCUCGAGAUCAAUCCCGAUCAUCCCAUCGUGGAGACGCUGCGUCAGAAGGCGGACGCUGACAAGAAUGACAAGUCUGUGAAGGAUCUGGUGAUCCUGCUGUACGAGACUUCCCUCCUCUCCUCCGGCUUCACCCUGGAUGAGCCCCAAGUGCACGCCAGCCGCAUCUACAGGAUGAUCAAGCUGGGCCUGGGCAUCGAUGAGGAUGAGCCGAUGGCGGCCGAUGAGCCCCAGGGCGGCGCCGGAGACGCCCCGCCACUCGUCGAUGACACCGACGAUGCCUCGCACAUGGAGGAAGUGGACUAAAUCCCACACGCCAGUCACUCUCAUUCCACCGAGUCUCAGUGUGAGCUGCGUUGUAGUGGAUUCCUUCACUUGGUGGUUUUACUCUUGGAUUAACUUUGCAAGAAACUUCAUUCCCACGCGCGUCUCACUUUGUUUUAAGUAUUGCUCUUAAAUGUGUAGGCUUAGAAAUCUUUUUUUUCAUUGAAGAUAUCGAAUUGAAUGAGAUAAAGAAAAAAGGAUACCAAAAGAACAAGAGAAAUAAAUGAAUUAAUCGGACUGAA